CCGUGACUCUCGUGACUCAUACAGUGGUAUCACAUCUCAUGAAUAUAUGAUCCCUGACCUCUCCGGCCAUGAACUGUCCGAACCCAGCAGGGAAAGUCAGUGUGGCGAUGAGCAGGGUGACCACGGCAGGAAAGACCAGACGGCUGGGAGGGAGACAGAGACCAGGACCAGGACUGACGCCAUCACACGCCACACACACACACUCACUGUUUGCUGAGGAAACGCGUGACGGCGUUGGGCAGCCUCAUCAGCAGCACCACCUGUCUGUUCAGGUAGACGAAGAACGCCCCCAGGAACCCGCAGGUGAUGCUGCACAAGCACAUCAAAGUUACCAAAAUAACAUCGCGGUGCGGCUGAUUGGUGGACAGAUGCUCACUCACCCAAUGAUGGCAAAGGCAGGAAGCUCCUGGAGGUCAAAGGGGAAAUCCAGCCGGAAGUUUGUCCUGAAGAGAGCAGUGAUGGUGACUGGAAGACAAAGACCAGGGGAAAACACGACUUUUAAGUCACACUCAAACUUUUUUUUUGUUGAGGAAGAUCAUUUAUUUACUUAAGUUCAGAAAUGCCUUUAAAAAGUCAUAAUUACAUUUUUACACACAAAGCACACGAAGACGCUGGCUGCAAUUCCAACCUCAGCCAGAGAGGGCAGUAAUGCCGUCUUGAUGCCAGAAGGCUGAAGACGGUGGCUGAAGCUCGCUUGUAAGUUCGCGUUUCAUUAAAUGAAAUGAGGCUAAUGCUAGCAGCUCAGAAUCCAUAGCCAGCCUAGCUAUUAGCUGCUAGCUUGCUAGCUGUCAACAGCAGGUAAGUACAUCAGUGCAGGUAAGUAAGUUCAUUUUCUUACUGCCACUCACUCAUAGAUUUUUAGGACCAUUUUCAAACAGCUGGUCGCGUCUAUGAACAGUGUUGGUCAAUAUGUACAGGUAAGAGUGUAAACAUCUUGUCAACUUGCAUGCAAUGUUGUAUAUUCUAUGUAUAUUGUAUACAAAGUCUAUGUUGCCACCACUUUGCUUUUAGUACUGAACAUUGCCUUUGCUAUAUGUUAACAGCUAUUUGUGGUCAUAACUACAUUUUUGUUUAAGACAAUUGUGGACACAAAUAAAGCCGUAUUGAAAGCUACUGUAAAUGUUGCGCAGUGGAGGAGGACGCCCUCUAGCGACUGACCUGCGUCUUUGUUGAACACGGAUAAAACUCUGAAUAUGAAGGCGCUGAAUGUGGCGGCAAAGUAGCCCCUCCAGUAGUUUCUGACUGCAAAGUACGUGGACGUGACCUCGAUGCUGAAGAGCACACCUGCAAGCCAAAAGACCAAAGAAGCUGCAGCAAAAAUAGACAAAAUUGGUGCAAGAGAGAAGGAGAAAGAGGAGACCUCCAAGCGGUGUUCCAAAGCAGCAGCCCACUCCCACAGCGCAGCCCACUGUCAGGAUGUCGGUGUAACAGUACGGGUUCUACUGAUGAGAAAGGAGGAGGAGGUGAGGAGCAUGAGGAGGUGCCAGUGAGGAGGAGGAGCUCACCUGGUAGACGCCAGAGAAGAAGGACAUGAACCUGCUGAGCACGGCGGCGCAGAUGCUGGCGAUGUGCACAAACGGACCCUCUUUGCCGACCGGCAUCCCGCUGCCCAGCGUGGCUGUCAGACCGAUGACCUUGGCUACGAAGGCCCUCAAGGUCAGAUACUCCUUGAGGACCACGCCCCUCAGGAUGGUCUUCAGCUCUGGGAUGCCUGAACCUAAAGGUGAGGUGUCAGUAACGGCCGAUGAAGAUGCUUCGUGCUCGUGAAAUGAGGACGUACACACCGAUGGCUUGAGGAGCCACCAGCUGGCAGAAGAGCGAGGAGAAGAGGAUGAAGACCAGCGGGUAGGACACCCAGGCCACAAACUGCAGAGGGACGUUCCCGCUCAGCCGGCCGUAGAUCCACAUGUAGGCUGAGGGAGCAAACGGGAAGAACCACAGAUCAAUGGGUCAGACGCUGACUUUGAGAGGAUAAAAAAAUAAGUGCAGCGUGAGCGUAUGUGUCGUUUAGUAUGUUUAGAUUCAUCUCGCCGUCUGCGUGGGCCGACCUUGCAGGCUCUUUGCGCUGGUGUAGUCCAUGGUCCAGCUGACUAGCGCCAUGGUGAUGCCGAGCAGGACCAGGAAGAUCCAGUCUUCUCCAAGCCGAUCCACCAGGAAGCUCUGCACACGCGCCACGCAAGCUGGCGACGCCAAGUGCAAGCUGACAACAUUUAAGCGGUAAAGUCGCUGUGCGUGUUUCUUUGGAAGGCUCACCUCUACACUUGGAGGAAGCGCAUCUCCGCUUCAUUGAGGAUGUCAGUUUGGACUCUGAAUUUUCACCCCCUACGGCGUCCUCCACCACGCUGGACUGCCGCCGCUUCCUCUGCCAGCUGAGGCGGCGGCCUUGGAAGCCAUUUUGGCUCCGGCGGCCAUACCCCCGCAGGCGGGCCUUGGCGAUGUCGCCGGGAUGGCGACCGUGCUUCUUGAUCUGUCGCUCCGUCAGCAGCCGCCUGGCCUCCCGCCUGCUGGGACCUCCUUGCUGCUCCUGGUACUCCCCAUAGAGCUGACGAGCAGCAAAGCAAGACGACCACUGAGUCCAAAACCUGGCAGAGACACGCUGCUUCCAAAAUAGACAUGAUCACGUGACCACUCUAGAUGCAUUGCCUCUGGGCUGUGGACAUCUGCAGACAUGGAGAUGGAUGUCCACAUAUUUGAUGCCAGCAGUAACUAAAGCUAGAAGUACACUCGCUUCCUUUCAAGUUCUCCACCACCAUGGGCAAGACCAAAGAGCUGUCAAAGGAGCUCUGAGACAAGAUAGUAGAACUGCACAAGACUAGAAUGGACUACAAGAACAUCAGCAAGAAGCUUGGUGAGAAAUAGACAAGUGUUGGUGCAGUAAUCAAGAAUCAAUCACCGUCGCUGUGGAUCUCCAUGCAAGAGUUCCCCUGGUCGUGAGAAAGGUGAUGGAGCAUCCCAGAAUGACGAGGCAGGAGGAGGUUAAUGAUGUCAAGGGAGUUGGGAGCACAAUAAAAGCGUGAGUAAGACACUUUGCUGUAACGGAGUGAGGUUCAGGAGGUCCCACAAGGUGUGCAGACCCAUCUAAACGUUUGACCAUCAGCAUCUGAAAGACUCACACAAGGUGCUGUGGUCACAUGAUACCGGAAUUGAGCUCUUUGGCAUCAAGUUGGUGUAUUUGGGAGGUUCUUCAGCAGGCACACUCAAUAAAAAAAGCACGGCCAGUGAGUCAGCAAUGCUUUGUUUGGCCAACGAUGCAACAGGGAAUUCAUUAGUCCCUUCCAGAAGGUCCCGCUCAAACCAGAACAUAUUCUCAUUUAAUCCAUUCCCAUAAGACAUAACGUAAAUCCAAUGAAUCCGUCCCACCCAAAAAUAUUAACUCAAAACACAGUUUAGCAUGCAGGAAAUGCAUAGAAAUGAUGAAUGAAAGAACAUUUAACCUCACUUUGACCUUCAUUCAAGGCCUUUGUUGACAAAGGGCGAGGGAGGGGGAGAAGAGAUCCUUCAUGUUUUGCUACGAGUUAUUGUCGUGGGUAGUGUUUCGUACCCUUUUUAUCACAAUGCUGCCACUUGGUGGCGUGCUGGUUUGCAGCCGUGAUCCAUCAGCAAAUUCAGCCGCUGAUGAUGUACGGUGGUGUGAGGAAGCGUCUGCUCCCUUCCUUCUGUGCAUGUUUGUCACACUUAAAUGUGUGGGAUCAUCCAGCAAACGCGAUAUUAGUCAAUGACAACACAACUCAGCACUUUUUAAAGGAGAAACAAAUGCAGGCUGCAUGGAUCAUACCAAGACCGAGGUAUGAUGGUACUGUUCAUAUUUUUGUAAAAAAUAAACCCCCAAGGGGAGUCAGCAGGAGAUCUAAUACUUAUUUCCCCUCACUGAAGUCUGAAGGAAAUACACCCCCAUCAUCAUCAUUCCGCCAACGCCUUCCUCAUCUUUCCUCCUCAACUUGAUGAACGUGAACUGGGAGCUAAAUUUAGCCCGGGGUGUGAUCUAAUAUUGCCGGUCAACCUUUCCCGGCCUCCUCGUGUUUCAUCUUUUCUCCUGUACAGCAGCGCACUUCUGACUUGACCUGAGGGCAGCUGCCCCGUCCGUACACCAGACUGCCUCCAUGGAGCACCACCGACUACACAGACACUCAGGGUCCACAUGUUGGCACUGCCUGCAAUUCAUGGCAGGAAGUCUUCAGAGGAAACAAGAAGCAGCAAACAGGAAGCAGGACUGUGCGUGUGUGUGUGUGUGUGUGUGCACACUGCAUGCUAUGUGGAUGUGUGAGACAUGAAGAGAGACACACACAGCAGCAAGUCAAACAGGCUCCAUAUAUUUGCAAAGGCGGGAGCGCCGUGCAGGAAUGACAAUCAACUUUUGCCAAAGCGCCUUCAAAGGGGUGUCGGCAUGGCAACGACAACAAUAACGACGACACACUGACCAGGGUUUGUUUGUAUCUUAGAGCCUUCCUCUCUGAUGCAUGUGUGGCCAUUGACACGCUGUCACUGAGUCAAAAAUAAACCCCACCGCUGACCGCCUCAAUGUGACCACACACACACACACACACACAGAGUGGAUAUUACAUCUGGUAACUGCCAUCUUGUUCCAGUGAUGUCAUUCAAAGUUGAUGUUCUAUCACACUGCAGCCCUGCCCAUAGGUGUGAAUGCUAGCUUGUACACACGUGGCCUGUGAUAGGCUCCAGCAUACCCAAUGAGGACAAGCGGUGGAUUGAUGGAUGCUUGUGCUGACUGACAAGGCUUCAUUCAAUAAAUCUCAGUAUGCGGUGGAACCGGCCUGAAGUGAUACUGCUGCCUCGGGGCGUGGCAGCUCAGCUGGGGAGGUCACAUGACUGUGAGCAUGUGAGGUGACGGCCUAAUGGUCUUCAGGUGACAAGGGGGCGUGGCCAGGCCGAGCAACGACGACAACAUGAGUACACAAUGUGACACCAGAGUGGACGCACAGUGACUGACAUGGUUGAAAUGCUUGCAUCUUCCUGUCCAGCAUGGCCAACAACACAACAACGAGCGACCCAUGUGCGGCUGGCGACAACCUGUGCAUCAUCCGGACUCACCAGCAGGCGGUGAUAAUCGUACCGACGUUGCUCCUCUUCUUCACGCUGGUCAUCGCCCUGGCCAUGACCUUAGUGUCCUGCCUGUCACGCAAGCGGACCAGAACCACCAUCCUGGCCCACUACAGCAGUUCAGUGCACAGGCGGGAAGGCCGCCUGCAAGGCAUUGAUGCGCCCCCUGGUCUUGACCCACUGGAGCAUGAGGAGCUUCCCAUGGCUGUCCAAAAAGCAAAGCAGCCCAACCGCAAAGCAACUCCACGGGAGACCACAGGGGGGCGUGUUGGCUCCUUCAGGCAUGUCACUGUGCUGCCCCAGACGUUGUCCAUCAACUCCAGCAAGACGGUGGGUCUCUACAGGGCCCGCAUGGACAACAGGGACGUGGUGCUGAGGAUGCUCAAAGACACGGCGAACGGCGCCGACAAGCGACACUUCUUGGGUUUCACCUCCUUUGUGUCGGGACUCGGGCCCCACCCCUUCCUCCCGGCUCUGCUGGGGGUCGUCACAGCCUCGUCGCCCCCGGUGAUGGUGAUGGAGGAGCUGCGGCACCGAGACCUGCUGGGCUUCCUGUGGAGAUGCAGACGGGUCGACUAUGAUGAGUCUGCAUGUGACAUGACGGAGAGGACAGUCUUCACCAUGGCAACACAAGUGGCGUCUGCUCUGGACUACCUGCACACUCGGCGCUGCGUUCACGGCAACGUGGCGGCUCGAAGCGUCCUGGUGGGUGGCGACCUGAUGGCCAAGCUGUGGGGUUUGGGCUCCGCCUACCGCCGGCACGCCCAAGCCGAUGCGGGCGGAGGUAUGGAGGUGCUGGAGCUGAAGAAGUGGCAGGCGCCCGAAGUGUUGUCCCGCAGGACGUUCAGUCCCAGCAGCGACGUGUGGUCCUUUGGGAUGCUGCUCUACGAAAUGAUCACCUUAGGUGAUCCACCGUUUGCCGAGCUGCUGGCCACAGAGCUCCUGCAGCACCUCCAGAGAGGAAGACACCUCCAACGUCCAUCCGGCUGCUCCGGCUCACUCUUUGCCAUCAUCACGUCGUGCAGCCAGUGGAGCCCCCGGCGACGCGUCUCCAUGGCGACGCUCAUCGCAAAGCUCCAGGAGGGAGAGAGGUCGGCCAACGGGAGGACGGUCAUCCGAGUGUCCGAGCCCCUGGACACGGGGAAGUACCUGCGGGAGGCGGGAUACGGCGAGGCCUACAACUACGCUGUGCUGUGAUUGGCUGAC